AUGUUCGCGCGCGCGUGCUUCACAACUGCCCGCUCCCCGUCUCUUUCUCGAGACCCGUCUCUAGUCAAGCCUCCCUCACGCCACCCUCUCUCGUCGCCUCUACGGUCAUCAACAGCAGCAGCAGACGGGACGGCAGCUGCCAUAAACGCGUGCCAAGGACCUUCGCGCAUAAGUUGCGAAGGCGCUAACUCCCUGUAUGGCCCUUUGAAACCGCUCGUUAGAAUUACUGCGUCCGCCCGGCUAUCCAGGAGAAGCAGUAGCAUCGCGUCGUGCGCGGAUCGGAUUGAGGUUGCCAGCGCAAUUGCGGCUGUAGCGCGUUGUGGGCCCAGCCUCAGCCGUUCCCGCUGGCGCGGAGAAGAGAGCCGGCCAGCCUGGGAGUCGAGACGGGAAGUCCGGCCUGUUGCGACGUCGGCGGUGGUGCCGCGGCAGCAGGAGGCGGAGGUGGCGCAAGUGGAAGCGAAAACGGGGAGAGACGCGGAGGAUGGGGGAAGCACAGGGAUGAGGUCGACAGGUGAUAGCGGAGGAAGCGAGGCUGGCGGUAUUGACGCGACUGAGGCGGCGGUAAUGGCGGCGCUCGAGCAAGGCCUGGGGGGGCCGUUGAGCAGAGAGGCAGUGGUGCCGCCGCCACAGCCGCUGGUGGUGGUGAUCAGCGGGCCCAGCGGCGUGGGGAAAGACGCUGUCAUCAAGUGCCUGCAAGAAACCCGCCCUGACAUCCAUUUUGUCGUCACGGCAACAUCCCGGGAGCGCAGAGCAGGCGAGGUGGACGGCAAGGAUUACAUCUUCGUGUCGCGCGAGGAGUUUGAGGCGAUGAGGGAUGGGGGAGAGCUGCUGGAGCAUGCUGUGGUGUACGGCGAGUACAAGGGCAUCCCCAAGAAACAGGUGCGAGACUCAUUGGCGCGUGGCACAGAUGUAGUGCUGCGGAUAGACGUGCAGGGAGCAGCCACUAUGCGCUCUCUCCUCGGGUCCUCUGCUGUGUUUGUCUUCCUAGUGGCUGAGACAGAACAUGCGUUGGUGCAGCGCCUGGUGCGCAGGAAGAGUGAGUCUGUGGAAAAACUACUGGUGCGCGUAGGCACGGCACGAGAGGAGCUGGGGCGGCGAGGGGAGUUUGACUAUGUGGUGGUGAAUGCUGAUGGGCAGCUGGAGGAAACUGUCAGCACGCUGUGUUCAAUCAUUGACGCUGAGAAGCUUAGAGCGCAUCGCCCUUCUUUGCUAGAGCUGUGA